AGUCAGACUGACCUUCGAUAACAAGGAGCAUGGGGCGGUGUGAACGGAAUGCAAGUCUAGGUAACAGAUAAGUGUCUGUGUCCUUCCCAUCAUUCCGCCAUUCCCCUUCGUCUGGUUCACCAUGAUCUGUCUGGUGCUUCUCGCCCUCCUCCCGGCAGCUUUUGCGAUAGACUGCACCACUAGUGGUAAUGGGGUGUUUGAGAAGGGAUGUCGUGCCUUUGUCACUUGUGUCGGCGGAGUUGCCACGGUAACAGAAUGUCAAGGCAACGAAGUCUUCGACGACAUAACAAAGACAUGCGCUGAUCCCAACACGCUGAGUAACCUCUGCUCACAGAGCAAGGACUGCUCUACACGAGCAGACGCGAAGUAUGCGGAUCAAAACACCCACUGUAGUACCUACUUCACCUGCCACGGAGGAACCUACUUUGGCCACAACUACUGCCCCGGAGGUACUAUCUUCAAUGAGGUGCUGCAGUCCUGUGAUUGGCCAAACGACGUCCCGCCCCCAUGUGGAACCAAAGGGAUCGCUACAGUAGCUUCCGGUUAAGACUGACUAGGAGAGUCCGAGCCAUGUGUGCGAUUAUGUCAAUAAAGCGUUAGACAUUA